CAGUCGCGGAGGCGGAGGGAGGAGGAAGAGGCGGGAAGCUGGGGGGCUGGUAGCAGGAGACCGAGCGACGACGGGGUUGUCAUGGAGCCGUGGGGCCGGGCUCGCGCAUGCGCCACCUGACCCACGGGCUUGGUCGUGGAGCCGCGACCCCGGCCUUAGGUUCGAUGAAGAAUGGACGGCCAUGUAGAAAUACGAUUGGACAAAAAGGAUCCUAAGCUCCAGGAAGGAAGCGACCAUGUCUAUCCUGUUCACUCUAUACCCCAGUCCUCGAACAUGCCUGAUUUACAGGCAAUCCAGAUGAAAAGAGUACCAAUGAAUCUACCUCUAGCCCAGUAAAACAUGGAGAGGAAAAACCCAUUGAGAGAGAGCCCCAGAAGACUCUCGGCCAAACUAGGCAAAGGCACAGAGAUGAAAAAAGUGGCUCGUCAACUCGGCAUGGCUGCUGCUGAAUCAGAUAAGGACUCUGGAUUUUCAGAUGGGAGCUCGGAAUGCCUGAGCUCUGCAGAGCAGAUGGAGUCUGAGGACAUGCUGAGCGCCUUGGGCUGGAGCAGAGAAGACAGGCCAAGGCAGAACUCCAAAAGUGCAAACAAUGCCUUCCCUACCCUGUCCCCCAUGGUUGUCAUGAAGAAUGUGCUGGUCAAACAGGGCAGCAGCUCAUCCCAGCUGCAGUCGUGGACCGUCCAGCCUUCCUUCGAAGUGAUCUCCGCACAGCCACAGCUCUUAUUCCUUCAUCCACCUGUACCAUCUCCUGUCAGCCUGUGUCAUGCUGGCGAGAAAAAGUCGGACUCCAGGAACUACUUGCCCAUUCUAAAUUCUUACACCAAAAUAGCCCCACACCCAGGCAAAAGGGGCCUUUCCCUCAGCCCAGAAGAAAGAGGAGCAAGUGGAACGCAGAAGAAAAUCUGUACUGAGAGACUUGGGCCGAGCUUGUCUUCCAGUGAGCCAACCAAGACUGGUGCGGUCCCGUCGGGCCCCUCCACACCAGCACCACCCAGCACCAAACUUGCCGAGGACUCAGCUCUGCAGGGUGUACCCUCCCUGGUGGCAGGUGGAAGUCCACAGACUCUUCAGCCGGUAUCCAGCAGUCAUGUGGCUAAAGCCCCGAGUCUGACCUUCGCUUCCCCCGCCAGUCCUGUCUGCGCAUCAGACAGCACUCUACACGGGUUAGAGAGCAGCUCUCCUCUUUCACCGCUGCCAGCUAAUUAUAGCUCACCUUUGUGGGCCGCGGAGCACCUCUGCCGCAGCCCAGAUAUCUUUUCAGAGCCACGGCAGAGCAGACAUAGGCGCUUUCAGAAUACCCUAGUAGUUCUUCACAAAUCUGGUUUGCUGGAGAUCACUUUGAAAACCAAGGAGUUGAUCCGUCAGAACCAGGCAACUCAGGUGGAACUAGACCAGCUAAAGGAGCAAACCCAGCUGUUUAUAGAGGCCACCAAGACCAGGGCCCCUCAGGCUUGGGCCAAGCUGCAGGCAUCUUUAACAUCUGGGUCCAGUCAUACUGGCAGUGACCUAGAAGCAUUCUCUGACCACCCAGACAUAUAGCACAGAAGCAUAUUUCCCUGUUACUUCAGUGGUUCUUUUAAUUCUUUUGCUGUUAGCUACUCCUAUUUCCCAAAGCUUAUGUAAGAGCUUUUCCUUCUAAACUUAACUGUGUAGCUGUUCACUUAGGAAGCCACGUGCCAAUACCUGGCUGCUAUCUUAACCUGUGGUCUGGGCACAGAUUACAUAUGUCUCUGUUCCACUGAGGACCUCAGGUUUGGAGUGCUCUUGAGUCCCUUUCCUUAGCCUGCAGGCACUUAGAUGGUCAUGGGGCAAAGCAGGAUAGAUGACUGUGUGGGGCUCUUCUCGCUGUCACUUCUCACUGUCCCACUCAUAACCAGGAUCAGGGGUGCUGUAACAGAGAUGAGCAUGCAGACAGAGUGAUGCUUGUUGAACCAGGGAGUAGGUGACCUAAGGAUACCUUCAUGGAUCUUCCCUUGCCUGUCUUAGUCACAUGGAAAAAUAAGAGGAGGUGUAUUUGCAUUCCGCAAGGCAUCAUGCCAGUUGGGCGAAACCUAAAAUGCUUUGGGCACAGGUUGUGCCUGGGUGCAAGCAUUUAAUCACUUAAAACUUUGUUUUCUUAAACUUGAAAGUCAAGGAGAAAGGGUAGUACCAUUUGACUCAUACACUUUCAUCACGAGCCAGAUUCAUCUUCACUUAAACUAGUAGGCAAAAUACUACAGAUUUUUAAUGUAUGGAAUGGAUUCAGAACCAUCUGGAAUUGUAAUUGAUGAAUUGCUCUUUUGACUUAGCAACUAAAGAAAAUAGACAUGGCCAGCAUCUCGUGGUCAGGAGCUGGAAGAUUCUGGUUACUUAGGCUUUUUUUUCUCUGUUUUGAAACAGUGCAACCUGUUUUAUGUCUAAAAAUCUCAAGGAUAGCUUCAGUGGUUCCUGGUGUAGUAUAAGUUAACCCUCUGUUGCCAUGUUGGAGUGUUUUUUUUUCCCUUUGUUUUUAUAAAAGAGGAAAGAAGUAAUUAUGCUUGAUAAACUUUGAAUUAAAUAAAAUUAUCUUUUGAGGAUAUGAUAACAGAUCCACAAAAAUUAGAAAAGUAUUCUUCUUACCCAUUUUCUUUUCCCAUCCCAAGUUUUCAUUUGUUGUGUGUCGUAGUGAUGGAGAACAAUUAUGGAACAGUCUUCUGUGUUUCUUUCACAUGUUAGAUAUUGGCAGCAAAGCCAAAGGUGUAAGGUUAUUAAUAGUUACAUGGAGUUCAUCUUGAAAUGGAGUUUCCAGAUGGUACACAUUCUUUUCAGCUUCAUUGUAUAGAUAAGUAGAUUUCUAAGUAGUAAAGUUUCAAAAUGUUCUCUCAUUUAAAAAUUUCAUCCUCUUGAAAAUCUUUGUUCUUUACAGAAUUACCUAUUAAUAAGUUCUGUAUGAGCAGCUUCAUCUUUUCUGCAAAGAAAAUGUUCUUGAAGUUGUUACCAGAAGCUAAUGAUACUUACUAGGUAAUUUUAACUCUUAACAUUGUUUAAAAAUUAUACAGCUUCAGAUUGCCUAUACUUUGUUCACAAACAUUUAUGAUUUAAAUAUGACUGAUUUAGAAAUAAACAACUCACUAACAUCUCUAGACUCCCCUGAUCAACACAAAAUUAUUACCUUGCCAUUUGCUUUCUGAAGGAGUUUAAAAAACCAGAGCAAAUAUGUCUUUAAGCAGACCCAGCUCCUUUUAAUAUUUUUCUCUUGGCCCACUCCUUCCUUUUCCCCCCACCCCCCGCCCCCUGAAUCUGUAUGGUGCUAUAGCAGCUCUACUCUGUGCACCAUGCUAAGAAGCUUCCUUUUUGGCAGAAUAUGUUUGGCAGCAAAGCUAUAGAGACAGGUGCAUUCAGAACAGCCUGGGCACCAGUCAUGAGUCUUACUGAGUGUCAAAAAUCUGAAAACACUUGCUGAGAACCAAAUUUAUUCCAUUGGAAAAACCCUCUGGAGCUAUAAGCCUCUUGGACUCUUCUUCCUAGAUUAAGUCUUGCAUUUCCCUUCCUGUCAUGGUAAAAGAUAAUGGAAGCUGUUAUCGAUCCUCACUGCUGAGUGGCAGGGAGAAGCAGCACCACCCCCAGCUCUUCUCUAAUCUUGUAACUUAGUGCUAAAGUCUCUCUAGGCUGUCAGCAUGGGUGUUCUUUCCCUAGUGGAGCUGAAAGCAGAUGAACCCAAGUAGAGAAGCUAGAUCUUGGAAGGAGAGAUCCUUUGGGGCCAGAAGCCAGAUCAAAUGGAGGCACCUCAGCGUUGACCAGAAAGAUCUCCGUCCGUUGCGCAAGGCUGUAAGUAGUGAUGGUCUUAGUGAUGCAUGACGUAACUGGCUAUGAAGCACUGUGGCAGAGCUGCUGUUUUCUGAAAGUGAGAAGCCAUUUUUAGCUCAGAUCAACCCUUAAAAAAAAUUAGCAGAUUAUUUAUUGGCAAUAUUGGAACACAUCUAGAAAAAGUUGCUGAUUGCAUUGGUUACGGGAAUGGAGUUUAAUGACACUUGUAAUUUAUUACACUCAUUGCUUUUUAUUGAUUAUAGUAUUAUCUGACUUCUCUACUAUGGUUUCUUCAGCAGAAAAGUAACUCUUGUGCAUAUAUUGAAGUGGUUUUCCAGCUAUGAAUUCUUUAGGGUAGAAAUUUAUUAAGCAAAUGUGAAUUCUUUUGAGAAAGUAUGAAGUUUUGUAGAAUUGACUGUGAAAUGUCAGAGAAAAAUAAAAGUCACUUACUUGAAAACUA